UUUUUUUUUGGGUUGUAAUGGAGAUGGAGGAAUACCCUAAUAAUAAUAAUAAUAACUUGAGGCAAGAAAAGAGAGGUGCAAAUGCAAUAAGGCCAAGUUUCUUGUACUCAUCAACUACUAAUACUGCUUCUCUUCAUAAUCAUCAUCAUCAUCACCACCAAGUUCCAAUCAACACCUUUAAUCUUCAAUCUUCAGAUCAUCAUCAUCAACAAUGUUUUGAAUCUGAUGAUAAUCAUCAAGUUCUUGUUGUGAAGACUGAAGCAAUUAGCACCACCCCACAUCAUCACUAUCCUUUGUUGAGGGGAAACAAUAAUAAUAUGCAUCAUCCCCACCAUAGCCAGCAACACCAUCAUCAUCAUCAACAAGGACGGAAUUACAACCAAACCUCCAAUAAUGGUGGUGGUGAAGUUGAUGCCAUCAAAGCCAAAAUCAUUGCUCAUCCUCACUACUCUAAUCUCUUAGAAGCUUACAUGGAUUGCCAAAAGGUCGGAGCUCCGCCGGAAGUGGUGGCGCGACUGGUGGCGGCGAGGCAGGAAUUUGAGGCACGGCAACGAUCUUCAGUUAGCUCAAGGGAAAGUUCCAAUAAGGACCCAGAACUUGACCAAUUCAUGGAAGCUUACUAUGACAUGCUUGUGAAGUAUAGAGAGGAAUUAACAAGGCCUAUAGAAGAGGCUAUGGAUUUCAUGAGAAGAAUAGAAACACAGCUAAAUAUGCUUUGCAAUGGACCCGUUAGGAUCUUCCAAGAGGGAGAUACAGAAGUAGCAGAGAUUGAUCCAAGAGCUGAAGACCGUGAACUGAAGAACCAUUUGCUUAGAAAAUAUAGUGGUUACUUGAGUAGCCUUAAGCAAGAACUCUCCAAGAAGAAGAAGAAAGGAAAACUCCCUAAGGAUGCUAGGCAGAAGCUCCUUAACUGGUGGGAACUUCAUUACAAAUGGCCUUAUCCUUCGGAAUCAGAGAAGGUGGCACUAGCAGAAUCAACAGGUUUGGACCAAAAGCAAAUUAACAACUGGUUCAUAAAUCAAAGGAAGAGGCACUGGAAACCCUCUGAAGACAUGCAGUUCAUGGUGAUGGAUGGCCUUCAUGCUCAUCAGAAACAAACCCUCUAUAUGGAUCCUCAUUACUUGCCUGAUCCUCACUACCGUCUAGCUCCAUGAUCAACACCUCUUAAUUAACUAAGAGUUGUACGACUUUGGACCUGGCUUUAAUUUCUGUACCAUAUAAGUUUGUAAGGAUCCUAUAAAGCCUUUUUGUUUUUCCCCUAAGUGUAUAUGAUGAUGAUGAUAUAUAUGACAAGAACAUAUAUAUCCAUCACAAAACUUGUGAUGCUACUCAUCAUCCAUGUUUAAUUUGUGGGACCAUCUUGGUCUAUUUUAUAUUCAUAUGCUUCUUA